AUGUCCAAACAUCAUCCGGAUCUGAUCCUGUGCCGAAAGCUCCCGGGCAUCGCAAUCGGUCGUCUGUGCGAAAAGUGCGAUGGCAAAUGCCCUAUCUGCGACUCACUCGUGCGGCCUGCGACGCUCGUUCGCAUAUGCGAAGAGUGCAACUUUGGAACGUACGGCGGGCGCUGCAUCAUCUGUGGCAACUCCGGCAUCUCGGAUGCAUACUACUGUGCCGAAUGUACGCGGCUCGAAAAAGACCGUGAUGGGUGUCCAAAGGUCGUCAAUCUCGGUGCGAGCAGGACCGAUCUGUACUACCUCCGGAAGAAGAAUCAGGCCCAGACGUGA